GAGGGAGACUGUGCUGUAAUGCUGUCAGUAGAGGAGUAUUACGGGUCUGAAAAAUGGUGUGUUUUUAUCGUGUGAGUUUGUGGAUCAGGUAGAGAGAAACACGUAGGUAUUGUGAGGAACAAUUCGAGGACAGCAUUCGUCAUGGACUUACGUCUGACAUUCGUCUUUCUUAUCUCAUGGGAACUAUCACAAGAUGUCAAUGCUUUCAAGGCGCCGUCUAAUUUACAAGCAAAUGUACUCUCGUCACACGAGAUCUUGAUUACUUGGGAUGAACACAAGCGUCAGAGAGACAAAAACGAUACAUUCUACACUUUACGGUACCGGCCGCGGAAUGGCGGGACAAACUCCGUACGACUACGCACGCGUAGUAAAACCGGAAUACCUACUCAUCGACGCCGAUCCUAACACUACAUACGCCUUCUCCGUGAAGUUUUCUAAAGGAAAGAAGCGGAGUCGGUGGUCGUUUACAGUGAAAAACACUACCUCAUCUUCCGAUGACAAAUUGGUCUCGAGGCAUGAUGCUGCGUCUCCGGGGAGCUGGGGUGAUUGGAGCUCCUGGACACAAUGUUCCGUUAAAUGUGGGGAGGGGACAAUUCAGAGGACGAGGACCUGGAUUUACCGGAACGGCACGAUUUUCAACAUCUCCUCCUCAACAGAUGUAUGUUUCUCCGACUGUCCAUUGACCCGAGAGGAGAAUCAAGUGUCUAAACCAAGGGCACUGGAAGUUAAAUCGCUGACGUCAUCAAUAGUCAAGGUUAAAUGGCGGCGCCCCAAAAUGAAGAAGUCUGACAUAAGUGCUUAUCGUGUGUUCUGGACGAACGGACGUCCAAGUCAAGAACGGACGGUCAACAUUACUAAAAGGUUUUACAUUAUAGACAACCUUCGUCCUAAUUCUACAUACGCUGUUAGUGUACGGACGAUCAGCACGGACGGCGAAAUGUCAGAACAUUCUAGUGUCAACUUCACGACUGAAUCCGAGGUUGUGAACCAAUCCCCGAGUAACGUCACAGCCAGGGCUAUCGGGACCACGAAAAUCCUGGUGAAAUGGCAGCCACCAUUGGAGAGCCUGGGUCACGUGACCGGAUAUAAGCUCCAGUACAGACGCAAGGGGCUCCGGAGGGGGGACAUGUGCUCCGUGUUUACAGAUGGAGGCAAGCUAAGAUACGUUAUCACAGACCUUUAUAAGGACGAGGCAUAUAAGGUGAGAGUUGGUGCGAGAAUUAACGAGAAGACAGGUCCCUACACUCCCUGGUUAAUCAUCGACCUCAACAACUAUAAACGUAAUCAUAGGGGAACACAGGGCAACCAGGAAAAUACGUCACUUCCGGAACAAGAUGUUGCCCCUGACCCCGAGGACUUCAUACCCCUGGUGGAUUUUACGUCAGUCAUGCCCGGUAUAACGCCACUGGACAGCGCAGUCAACAUAUCAUGGCCAGCGCCGAACAAUACAAGUGUCACAUACGACUUUGUCGUCUCGCGAGGUGAGGAAUACGUAAAAGUCUUGGAGGUGACAGAUGGGACCCAGGGUCAUCACGUGAUCAGAAAUCUUGAGCCAAACACAGAGUACAACGUCACUUUUCAGAUCACAAUUAUGGCGGGAACCCGAGUCGUUCUGCAGCAAUUCCAACAGUUUACAACGCUCGUGUCGCUCAAUGUUUGGUUGGAGGGCGUGGUCAUAGAUGGUGAUGAGGAAUCAGAACUUCGACUGGAAUGUGAGGCAUCCGGCAUCAACUUACCCACAAUGCAAUGGAAGAAAGGGAGUCGUAUUCUUUACUGGAACUCGAGUGAUGUCACCAGCACCAAUCCAAUCAGAAUUGACCGGUAUGUGUUCACAUUUGAGAAAUUUCCGCCCAAUCGAAUAGUAUCCGUCCUGAGUGUCCUGAAUGCCAGUUCGUCCGACAUGGGUCGCUACAGGUGUGCCGCCUCGGACGGCGUAGACAGACAGUCCCAGUCUCACCAGUUCAAAGAUCUUGUCGAUCCCGUUAAGAAGGUAGGUGUGUCAUCCAUCACGGCGUUUGGUGCUGUGGUCAGUAUAACACCUAUCAGGCGUUUCCGUCGCAAGUCUAUGACGUACAUCAUCUACAAUGACCUUGACCCGCCUCGUUAUCACUCGGACCAAGGGCGGACAUACUAUGAACUUGACAACUUGGAGCCGGAGACGUUAUACUCUGUUCGUGUUCAAGCAGAAGGGUUUCCGGGUGCCAGCAAUCAUUCGGAAACUUUCAAUACUUCUGCGGUUUUAUUGCUUGAUGAAGGAACUGUCGCUGUCCAAGCGGUGAACUCUACAACAUUGAUUAUCACGUGGACUUGUCCCACCCAGUACCGCAGUCACGUCACCUACCGGAUAGUAUACUCACUAAAGGGCAACAACUCGUCAAAUGGUCACGUGAUGGACAUUACUAACCAUGACGAGACUGCUACAAUCACAGGUCUCCUUGCUAACCAGCGGUACAACAUCUGUGUGGAGAUGCGCAGGAAGGAAAACACUGUCAGCAAGGUGUUUGUAGAGGGCUCCACCUACCCUGAUGCCUAUCUUAACGCUAACAUACCUCCCACACCGCCCGCGGACGUGUUUGUAAACUUCCAUAACAACACAUUGGUCGUAUCAUGGUUAGAGCCACACUCGGAAUACCACACACUAGUCGAAUGGUACGAGGUAGAAGUGUUCCGAGGAGAAGAGGUCCUUGAGCGAAGACGAGUCACUGCAGACGUUAAAAAUAUCUCGAUAAACCCUGCACAUAGAUCUUCUGAGUAUGUGGCCCUCGUUCGUGCCUCCAACAGGGCAGGGAUAAGUGACGAGGUGUCCCGAGCGUACAGACCCGCUGAUAUCCAGGAGAUAUCCGAUUAUUCUGUGACGUCACUUAGUGCAGGCGCGAUUGAUUCUACACGGAUUCUUGUGGAGUGGUCUCCCCCUAACUCCGGAGAACUAACGAGGUAUCUAGUCCGUUAUCGUCCAAAUAUCAAAGUCGGCCUAAACUCUUCUGAUAUUAUUGACCAAUGGGUAACACGGUCGGAUCACCGCUACAUCAUUACUGACCUUACCCCCAACGAAGAGUAUGCCAUUUCUGUCAUCCCCUAUCUCAAUGACGUCAACGGGAACACAUCAACAGUCUACGUCAGAACAUUUGGAGAUGUACCAGGCGACCCGCCCUCAAAUGUGUCGGCGACAUUAUUUAAUAUAACGUCGAUUGAGGUCACGUGGCAUGCUCCUCCUCCUUCAUCGUGGUAUGGUGUCCUAACGGGUUACGUGGUGUCACACCGACUAGUCGGACACAAGAUCUCUACCAAAAACUUCACCAACCACACACAAAGGUCAUGCGUCAUCAAAGACCUAAGGCAGGGUGUCUUGUACGAGGUGGCGGUGGCGGCCAUGAACGUCAAUGGAACAGGACGAGCCUCCGAUUGGAUUGAGAUCAUGACUGAUAGAGACCCUGCGAUUUUAUCAGUACCUUCCCCUCCUUUGAACGUGUCUGUGACGUCACAUCAUAUGGGUCUUCACGUGACCUGGAAUCAACCUAGUGACAACCGGGUUCCGGUAACAGGGUACGUUGUCGGAUACGGGCGUUUUAUACCGGAAGUCUAUCGAGAUAUCCUGGAUCAUGCGCAAACGGAACAUACCAUUACAGGAUUACGGCAGAACAGCCAGUACAUCGUCAGUGUGAGAGCUUUCAACAACAUUGGAGAAAGUCGCCCUGUUUUCAAAAUGGGCAGAGCAGGUAGCCAAUCAUCGACCAGAAGCCUCACAACCACACUAAGCCCUGAUGACGUAACAGUAGGUUCAGGUAUUCCUGGAGCUCCCGCCAAUUUGAGGGUGAAAGAGAUCAACGAAGAAAUAGUCACACUCCGGGUCACGUGGAACCGGCCUCGUGAACUUAUAGGACAACUUACAGGAUAUCUCGUUUACUAUACGACCGACCCAACCUUUUCACCUCAGAACGAGGCUUUUGUGUACGAGAAGAAUGAGGUAACGACCUUGAAAAACCUACAGUUCAACACAACGUACUACUUCCGGGUCGAAAGUCAGUAUCGUGAUAACGACGGGCUGUCAUCCGAGAUCGUGGCCUUCAAAACAAAACCACCAGAUAACAGUCUACACAUUCUACCCACGCCCACUAUUACAAGUUUGGCGUCUGGUACGGAUUAUCUCCAGGUGAAAUGGCUCCCAGCACCCCCACAAUAUUCCCACGUGGUCCGGGGAUAUAUCUUAGGAUACGGUGAGGAACAGGCCAAUGAGAAACAGGAUAUAAUACCCGUCAGUAUCAACUCCUACACACUGGAAAACCUAAGACCUUCUACAAUGUACUUUAUUUCACUGCGGAUGUUUAAUGAACUUGGAGACAGUGCUCAGACUUUUGUUAAUGGGUCAACGCUGGGUUAGAAUAUUAAUACAUGUUAUAAUGGAAGACGAACGCUGGGUUAGAAUAUUAAUACAUGUUAUAACGGGAGACGAACGCUGGGUUAGAAUGUCUCAACAAGAAGUGAACGUUGCAUUAGAAAGUUACAAAGUUAUUUCAAGUAAGAAAAUUAAGAUACAGAGCUAUAACUAUUCAAAAACAUCUCAACAGUCAAUACUAUGUUAGAAAAUUAACACACGGAGCUAUAACUAUAUUACAAUAUCUCAACAGUUAAAUACUAUGUUAGAAAACAAAAACGAAUCAACAUUUUGAAAUACAAAAAAGUUCAGUCUGUACUUUAUGAAAACUUCGUGAACAAUUCCAAAACUGAAAAUUGGCUUUCUAACCAUUCACAGAGCCCUGACACAAGUUCCCAACUCUUGGCCCAUUGUGAUAUGGUGUAUAUAAAUGGACUAUGAGUCGAGAUUGUGCCAAACCCUUGUGCUAGAAUGUAUCAACAUCUGGGGAAAUGUGGAUGGCCUUAAUCUGCGUUAGAACAUUGUUACGUUUGACAUAAACAGGUUGGAACACUACGGAUGUAGAAUGCGAUGAUAAUAAGAAUGACAUGUCAGCAUUUAGUGUCAUGGUUUGUGACGAUUUACUGUAAUGUAUAACGUCAUCAGUAGGAUUCUAACAGGGGCCAAGUGUAGGAAUACUUCAGGCGGUAGAGGUUAGGUUUUAUUUACUUAUCGGAGCCUGAUUAUAUUUAUUAUCAUCCAUAUGUAGGUUGGUAGUGAUAUGAAUAUAUUUGGUGUAAUAAGCAUUAUAUUUAUCUUUCAAACUUAUGGUAGGAAUGAUUAUAUUAUCAUCAAUAUGUAGGUUGAUGUUUAUAGUGAUAUGAAUAUAUUUGGUGUAAUAAGCAUUAGAUUUAUCUUUCUACCUACAUGUACUUGAGGUAGGAAUGAUUAUAUUAUCAUCCAUAUGUAGGUUGAUGUCUAUAUUCAUAUAAAUAUUGUUGGUGUUAUAUGUGUACAAAUGAAACUCGACCCACUUACGGUUAUCGAGGUAAUUUUGUUAUGUUUACGUAAAACUGUGACCUCGUCAGAGGUAAUUGGUAUCGUUAUCAUCCGUGAAACAUGUAUAUUAUACCGUAAUGUUUAAGGUUAAACGUAUGUUAUCCUCAAAUAAUCCCCUCCACUAGUGUAGUUUACCGUAUGUUAUCCGCAAAUGUCCCCACCCCAAGUGUAAUAGUUUACUGUAUUUUAUCCUCAAAUGCCCCCCUCUUUACUGUAUUUUAUCAUCAAAUAACCCCUCCCGCUAGUGUAAUAGUUUACCGUAUUUCAUCCUCAAAUGUCCCCCUCCGCUAGUGUAAUAGUUUACCGCAUUUUAUCCUCAAAUGUACCCCUCCCGCUAGUGUAAUAGUUUACCGUAUUUUAUCCUCAAAUGACCCUCUGCUAGUGUAAUAGUUAACCGUAUUUUAUCCUCAAAUGACCCUUUGCUAGUGUAAUAGUUUAUCGUAUUUUAUCCUCAAAUAAUCCCCUCCCGCUAGUGUAAUAGUUUACCGUAUUUUAUCCUCAAAUAAUCCCCUCCCGCUAGUGUAAUAGUUUACCGUAUUUAAUCCUCAAAUAAUCCCCUCCCCUAGUGUAAUAGUUUACCGUAUUUUAUCCUCAAAUGACCCUCUGCUAGUGUAAUAGUUAACCGUAUUUUAUCCUCAAAUGACCCUCUGCUAGUGUAAUAGUUUACCGUUUUUUAUCCUCAAAUGACCCUCUGCUAGUGUAAUAGAAACCCCUAUCCUAUUAUAAAAGCCCCUUCCCUAGUGUAAAAGUUAAGUACUAAAAUCCGAGGAGGGCCAAUUUGUGAACCAUUUUAUCUUACAAUUCCGAAAUACAUCUGUAAGGUUCUGACAAAAUAAAGAAGGGGCUUAUUUGCUGAUAACUAAGGUUGUAUAAUCGAAUCACACAUUUCAAAGCGCCAAACGGUGCUCUCAUUUGAUCCCAAUUGUGACGACCUGAGUUCGUGGCAUCACAGAUUUCCUGUUAAUUUGACUUAAUGGCUAGAUUUCGCUCUUUUUCGGUUUACAAUAAUCCGACCGAUAACGACAGAAAUUAGUAAUAGAUCGCAAAAUUACGUUAUCUUUAAUGAAAUUGUUUGUAAAAACCUUUAAGUGUAUUUUUUCAAAUCUACUUUUAAAUGGCUUUAAUAUACUUCUUAUCGGUUAUCAGGUGAAAAUCUAACAUUCGGUUCUCUUUAAGAGUGGUAAGAUGGAACCAAAAUGACGAUAUUUUCGAUCAGCGUCCAUUUUCAUGAAUCUAGGUCAUGUGAUAAAUAUAUUAAUUCCUGUUUAAUGUUGUUUUUCUUCUGAAACGAGAAAUGAUUUAAUUGCACUACUGGGGGGAAAUGUAAGUAAAUUAUGGUGAUUUCAUACAUCUUCUAUUAAAUGGCAAUCUGACUGAUUGGAUAUAAACACUUUGAUUAAUUCUGAGAGGUAGGACUACAAGUAAAAUUGUAUAACAGUUGUAUUUAUAGGGACCUUGCUUUACUUUAAAGAAAAUAUAUUGGAUGCACCGUAAGAUAACUGAAUUCGUGUUAAAUGGGUUUAAGAAACGCUGUUAAAAUUGAUACCGUAAUGUACAUUGUAUCUGUUUUAACAUGUUAAAUACUUACAUUAUAUAUGUAUCUUGAAUGUAUUUUUUCAAAAGUUUUGAUAAUUUUGAUAAUUUGAUAACUUUGAUAAUUUUGAUAAUUAAUUUUGAUCAGUUAUGUUGUUAUACCAUGCCUUUUUGUCAACAAAUUAUUGUCAGACAUUUUUAGUUUUUAUCUUAUAAUUCAAAAUAAAAUCUUUUACACCAAUCCAA